CUUCGAACCACAUGGCCUUUAGCUCAGACGAACAUUCACCGGUUUCGCUUCUCCCUUUGCAAUACCAGCUGAGCAACUGUUAACGGUUGGUUGCCAGUAACCUAUUGGUCUUGGCGAUAGUAUCUGAGCUCUCACGAACAUUUAGUUUUAUUACUGUUAUCCCCGUGGCCUUUAACACUGAGCUACCUAGCUUUGCCCUCCGCAGCAUCUCCGAAGCCUCCUUUGCCAAGCUCACCCUUCCCUCAGGCCAUAUACAACCGUCACGAUGUUGUCUUUUUUAUCGUCAAAUCUGUCUAGCACGCGUCAAUCUCUGGCGCAGGUCCUCAAUUUUGCGCUGGUUCUGUCCACAGCGUUCAUGCUGUGGAAGGGCCUCUCCGUGUUCACAGCGAGCUCGUCACCCAUCGUCGUCGUGCUCUCCGGAUCCAUGGAGCCAGCCUUCCAGAGAGGCGACUUGUUAUUCUUGUGGAAUCGCAGCCCGCGGGCAGAACUAGGUGAAAUCGUGGUGUACAACGUGCGGGGCAAGGACAUCCCGAUCGUGCAUCGCGUCGUUAGAACGUUCCCUCAAAUCGAAGGCAAAGCGAAGAAGGUCAAGGAGGUUACAGAGACCUCCUUCGUCCCUCCCAACAUGCUCCUCACCAAGGGAGACAACAACAUCGCUGACGACACCGAGUUGUAUGCGAAGAACCAGGAUUUCCUACAUCGCGAUGAGGAUAUUGUUGGCAGCGUGCGGGGGUAUAUGCCCAUGGUAGGAUAUGUGACUAUUAUGCUCAUGGCGAACAUGGGUAGCCAGAAGCGCAUAGCUAAGGAGCUUGCCGAGCUGAUAGAGAGUCCUCCCGCCGGCAUCACCGUCGAGCUGGUGGAUGAGUCGAACCUGUACGAAUGGAAAGUCUACAUGGAGGGACCAGAAGGCUCACCAUACCACAAAGGCAAAUUCCAAGUCAAGCUCGUCCUUCCCACCGAGUAUCCCUUCAAACCACCGACAGUGUCGUUCGCGACGAAGAUCUACCAUCCGAAUGUCACCAAUGACGACAAGGGAAGCAUGUGUCUAGGCAUGCUACGGCCCGACGAAUGGAAACCCAGCUCGCGGAUCUCGGCUGUGCUGGAGUUCGCGCGCCAGUUGCUCAAAGAACCCAUGCCGGACGAUGCGGUUGAAGGACGGAUCGCAGAGCAGUACAAGAAUGAUCCCAAGCGGUACGAGGAGAUUGCCCGGGAGUGGACGAGGAAGUAUGCAUCGGAGUAAAGGGCGUGGUUGAAAUGAAGUGAUGGCUGGUGCGCAGUCGUUUCGGCGAGAAUCAGGGACGCGGAAGAAUCUCGGCGUCCUCCUGCGUGCGAAAGUCUAAAGACUGGGUGUCUGUCCUAUUGUCUUGCGUGCAUCAGCGCCCCUGGUAUCUCGACUGCGCUUGCUUCUUACUGGCAUUUACGGUCGGGCUCGGUGGACGAUGGACCCUUGUCGACCUUUCACUUUCCACUUAUCUACCAUCUUUCUCGGUCUGGGAGAGCACCCGGCGCGCUCAGACUAUCCCUGCGUCGAAGGCCGGCGCUGCUACGUUUUGCAUAAGCGUGCGAAGAGUACGAGUCAUAUUCUUUAGAUACUUCAGCGCUAGAGAAUACAGAAGUCAGUCAUAGACGACC